AUGAUAAUUGUAAUGAAAUAUCGUGUGACCACGUCUGAAGCAGGUCUGAAGAGCUCUUGUGUGAGUGUGAUCCAGACCACAGCCUCACAACACACUCUGAUUAUGGCAGAAGAACAUGAUGUGAAGCAGGAGACUGAAGAGCAGCUGCAACUGUCUGUCUGUGUGGCGACUCAAAAGUCCUCACUGCACCAAAAAGGAAUCCCAGAGAGAUCACAGAUUAAAGAGGAAGCCGAAGAGCAGAGAAUAAAACCGGUAGAGGAUCCGCCGAUAGUUGGGGAAAUUUCAGUGUUGCAUCACAAGUUAUAG